CGUUCACGGUCCGUCUUUCUUUAUUUUUCUAUCGAUGCGAAUGUUUUGUUCUGUACAUUGUUUAAUAAACACACAUCCCCGCCGAUAAAAGACGACCAUAGUGCGUACUCCGUACUAAAAUUAAAUGUGGUGUACAAGACGUGGUUAUCGGUAAAUAAUCGAUUUGAUUUUGAACGCAGUUAGCGGAUUCCACAAAUGAUAGAGUUUCAUAAACUUCGAACCUAAACUCGGUUAAUGGGACAUUUCAACGAGCACCAAGUGUUCAGAAAAUGUUAUCCUACGAAAUAAUAAACCAAGAAGAUACUGCUAUAAUAAGAGAAGUCUACGACAAUGACAACUCGCAAGAGAUGUUUGAACAGGAACUGGAUAAUGCUUUAGAGGCUGGCUACAAGUAUAUUAUUAUUGAACCAACUCAACUGGCUGAUGAAACUGUCAGAUGGAUUACUGUUGGCAAUUUUCUUUCUCAAACGGCUAUCAUAUCUAGUGCUUUGUCUGCAGGAACAGCUUAUUUUUGGACAUCCAAGCCAUUUAUAUAUGGCCCCUUGUGCAUGACUUCGUUUGUGUGCACUGGACUGUAUAUGAUCUCGUGGCAGUUUGAUCCAUGCUGCAAGUAUCAGGUGCACAAGGAUCCAAGAUUGAAGUCACUCCAAAAGGAAGACAACACUCCUUCAUUGCCAGUGGUUAUAGAACGUGGCAGUGAUACCAAGAGGAAAAUUGUACACACAUCAGUAACAGUUGUGUCAACUGCUUAUUGUAUGUGGAAGCUAUAUGAAUAUUGCAAAUAAUCUUUCAAACUGAGAUCAAAUUUUUAUGGGAACAUGAUGGUUCAAGAGCAGUCAGCACAUUUUAAAAUUAUAUUUUAUAUAUGUACACUUGAUUUUAUUUUAUUUACCUACCAACAUAUGAUUGUAUGUACCUGAUAAUGUUGAAUGCCAGUGAUUAAGAGAUUUCCUUCUCGGGUGUAGAGCAUAUAAACAUAUUUAUCAGAUUUUC